AUGGGUUUCCUCACGUUUGGUUUUUUGGGUCUUCUGACUGCAGCUUUUGUCACUGAAACUCCAAUGUUUGUCUUUUUCACUGCGGCAUACCCGUUCCUCUACUUGGGAAACCUGUUCGUUCGACAUAAGCGUUUAGCCUCGGCUCAACCAUGGCCUGUCAAUGAAAAAAUAGUAUUAAUCACUGGCGCAUCUAGUGGAAUUGGUCAAUCUUUAGCUCACGUGUUUGCUAAACGGGGUGCGACACUCAUACUUUGUGCCCGUCGAGAAGAUAUGUUAUCAAGUGUCGCCAAUGAAUGCCGUGAACUCAAUUCUUCUGUUAAAGUCUUGACCGUCAAAUGUGAUGUGACCGAUGAAUCCGAUGUAGCUCGUCUAGUGGAGACCAUUGAAACCACCUACGGUCGAUUGGAUUGUUUAGCGCUGAACGCAGGGGUUUCAAUGGGAGAAGAUUUUGCAGAAUUAAAAGACUAUAGUGUGAUUAAGAAGGUUAUGGACGUUAAUUACUAUGGAUGCACCAAUGUUACGUACAAAGCGUUGCCACUGUUGAAGAAGAAUAAGAAAUCAAGAAUUUUAGUGACUAACUCGAUCAGCGGAAUAUUGGCAUUGCCAAGCCGAUCUGGGUACGCGGCCGCAAAGUUUGCAGUCCGUGGAUUCUUUGAUAGUUUGCAAGCGGAACUUUGGAAAGACGAAAUCUUUAUUACAUUGGCUUAUCCGGGUCCCGUUAAAACUGAGAUCAACAAAAAUCGACUAGGCGAUGAUCCGAAGCAAUUGGAUUUUACCAAUGCGAUUACAUCCGAAGAAUGUGCUCAAGAAUUGGUAGAAGGCGUUCUUCGGGGUGAUAAGGAGGUCAUAUUUACAAGAAAUGGAAAACUUGGUAGACUGAUGGAAGGUGUGUUUCCGGAUUUGACAGCGUAUUUGGUAGACAGAAAUGCAAGAAAACAUCUGAACAAAUAA